CUGUUAUGCUGUUUUGUUCUUAAGCUUACGACAGAAAAAUUAUCUCGAUCAGCUCAAGUAAAGGUCGGCGUCUCUGGUGGAUCAGAAAUGAACGUAUAGAGAUCAAUAAUUUUGAGAAUGUACAUCAUGUUUAAGGUCAUCCUGCAUCUGAGUUUUCUGUUUCUGGUGGACAGAUCUUUGUCUUCACCAAUAAAACAAAACAAAACUAAAGUUCUUAUCCUUGGCGCCGGACUCGCUGGAAUUAAAGCGGCGAAAACACUACUGGACAGGAACAUCACCGACAUUCUGAUUCUUGAGGGAAAGAAUUACACUGGGGGUAGAAUACAUGCCAUCGAGUUUGCAAACCACUCGAUUGAAACGGGAGCGAACUGGAUUCAUUUCGUAAAUGAAGACGAAACCAAACCUAUCGUGGAUCGAAGGGACGCGAAAAAAUUGAAAGGUCUUACCUCUAAUUACUCAGACAUAUUGGUGAGGGACGAAGCAGGAAACGAUAUCACUGAUUUUGCAGUUCUGCGUGAGUUUUAUGACAAAAUUGAGCACAAAAUUGAAGACUACAAAGUAAAAUGGAAGGGCCAGCCAGACUUCUCCGCUCGUGUUGGUAUGAAGAGGAUGGGAUGGUCAGCUGAACAACCGAUAAAAAGCGUUAUUGAAUAUUUCAACAUCGAUUUCGAGUUCGCGAGGCCUCCAGAAGUGGUUUCCUUUUACAACAUGUUGGAGCGCGGAGAAGACUUCUUCAUCUCUGAUGGGCGAGGAAUAUGGUCCAUGUACGAAGAUCUUUAUAAGCCAUUGGAAGCGAAGACUUUGCUGGGCAAAUUAGUCACAAAAAUCAAGCAUAAUGCCGAUUCCGUUGAAGUACAAACCUCCGAUGGAUGGAGUUACCAGGCAGAUUAUGCCCUUUGUACAUUUAGCUCCGGAGUUCUGGCCAGCGACUUGGUUACUUUCGAGCCAGCCCUUCCUGAUUGGAAAAAAGAGGCCAUUCAUAAAAAUCCGAUGUCGCCUUACACAAAAAUUUUUCUAAAAUUUCCAAAAAAGUUCUGGGAUAAUCACGAAUAUAUUCUGUACGCUUCCAAAGAGCGCGGACGUUUCCCUGUGUGGCAGGAUCUGUCAAGACCUGGGAUCUUUCCCAUUUCGAGUGGAAUGUUACUGAUCACCGUAACAGGGUCUGAAGGACGAAGGAUUGAGGGACAAUUAUUUAAUGAAACAAAGGCAGACAUCAUGGGAAUGUUGAGAAAGAUCUACGGGAAUGGCAUCCCUGAAGCGACAGAUAUUUAUUAUCGCCGCUGGUCAAAGGAGCCGCUGACGCAAGGCGCAUAUUCAGAACCAGUGGUAGGUAUGACUUCAAAGGACUGGGAGAAUAUUGGAAAAAACUUAGGACGACUGUACUUUGCUGGCGAAGCGACGAGCGAAGACUGGUGCGGCUACAUGCAGGGUGCCUACCUGACCGGCGACAAGAAAGGGAACCUGAUCGCCGAUAAAAUCUCUCCACGUGAAUCUUACAACAAAGGAAAGAGUGAGGCAACCCCCACCAGCCCCAGCAAACCGGGAAAACCAAAGAGCGAGGCAACCCUCGCCAAAGUGUCUUCAGUAGGAAUCUUGUUGCUCCCUCUUUGGUUAAUAACCAUGUGGAAGUAAACAAUGCAUCAAGCCGGCAAGAGAUUUGUUAUUAGCCGUGAUAGCCCCAGGGCAGCCCUUACUGACUGAUAGAGUGACAUUACUUUAACUUUAAUGAAACAUUCGUGUUGCAUAGAGGACCCACUAGAUGUAGUAGUGUACUCUGUGGGAGAAUUUGUUAGCUUUUGCUUGUUAUAUAUAGAUAGCCAUUGGCUAAAGUUACGUGCCCACGAGGGCAAGGUGCAGUAAAAUUCGAAAGUAAUUAAGCAGACAGUAAGCCGCUGUACUUAUUACCCGCAGAUAGUCCUGUACAAGUACUAACUGCUUUCGGCUAGAUUUAUUAACCACGAGUUCACUUUCACUCAGCAUGUGAUUAUGUUACUAAACAAAGAGAUUCUAUGUUGCUGUGCUUUUGUUCAGUGAAGAAUCACACAUGACGUCAACAUAUGGCAAGAACAGAAAAGUAGUAAACGAUGGGCAGGCGAGAGUGUCAGUGAUGUUCUUUGAAAAAAAAAAAAGAAAAAAAGAAAAAAGCGCAUGAACAUUACUGGCAUUAAAUCUAAAUCGAUGGACAGGGGGGGUAUGUCACUGAUGCUCUUAUCACAUUUGACGUGAUCUGUGAUCUGUUACUGAACAACCCCACGGCAACACAGAAUCUAUUUGUUCAUUAUCUGAUAAGAAAGUCAAAAUGUCGUUAAUGUAAACGUCACCUAUGCGUCUGUCCAGCAAUAGAUCGUCGGUAAGAACCAUUCGAAAUGUGUGUAUAAUUCAGCUUGUAAUAAAUGUAGAAUAAU